AUGAAGGUCAAAAUCACCAGCAGCGUCCUUUUAGGCCUUGCGUCUCGCGCGUUGGCCCUUCCUUCUGACCCUUCUCUCAAGGUAAUCCCGGAUUCUCAGUUGUCCGAACGUUCUUCCAAAGUAUUCCCUCCAGUACCCGACUGGCGGGCCGAGGAGGUGAAGAGAGUUUUCCGGGAAUCUUGGUUGGGGUACUACCGCCACGCCUGGGGAUACGACGUGCUUCAUCCUCGGCGGAGGGACGGGGAGGAUGAUCGCAAUGGAUGGGCCCUUACGGUUAUCGAUGCUCUCAGCACAGCCAUCAUCAUGAAGGAUAAGAAUGUUACUGCGAAGAGUGUCGAGAUUAUAUCCACGUUGGAUUUUGGCACCACUAAAAAACGAGCAGAUCCCAUUUCCGUCUUUAAGGCUACAGCUCACUACCUUGGAGGCCUUGUUGGCUCGUAUGGCAUCCUCCACGGCAAUAUGCCUCCUGUCGAGGGCAAGGACAAGAAUGGAAAAUGGAUGUUGGACCAGGCCAAGACUUUAGCCGACGGCCUGUCUGUGGCAUUCGACGCGCCCACUGGUAUACCCGACCCCACGGUCUACUUCAAUCCCGCAAAGGUGAAGAGCGGCGCAGAUCGCAGCAGCGCCGCCGAAAUUGGCACUUUGCUUCUUGAGUGGACCUACCUCAGCGACCUCAUUGGCGAUGACAAGUAUUACAAAAUGGCCCAGAAAGCCGAGAACUAUCUUCUGCGUCCCUACGGCGCUCCGGAAGCAUGGCCCGGCUUGAUCGGUACGUGGGUGGGCGUCAAGGACGGUGAGUUCAAGGACAGCAGCGGGGGCUGGGGCUCGCACAUGGGCAGCUUCUACGACUACCUUAUCAAGAUGUACCUGUAUGACCCCAAGUGGUUUUCUGAGCAUAAAGACCGAUGGGUCAAGGCUGCCGACUCGACCAUUGCGUACCUCGCGUCUCAACCGUCCAGCCGAUCCAACCUCACAUUCCUCAAGUCGUACGACGGCCAGAGCACGACGGCCGAGUCGGAGCACGCCGCCGCGUUUGCCGGCGGCACCUUCAUCCUCGGCGGCCUCGCCCUCAACGAGACCAAGUAUAUUGAUUUUGGCCUGCAGCUCACGGAUUCGUACUACCAGACGUACAAGACUCCGAGCGGCAUCGGCCCCGAGGGCUUCCGGUGGGUGGACGCGCAGCUGGGCGGCUCGCCACCGAGCGACCAGGCCGGCUUUUACAACGAGUCGGGCUUCUGGGCGUCGUCGCCCGGCUGGGGGCUCAGGCCGGAGAUGGUGGAGUCGCUGUACUAUGCAUACCAGGUGACGCGCGACCGCAAGUACCAGGACAUGGCGUACGAGGUCUUCAAGACGGUGCGCAGCGUGUGCUGGUCGGGCGCCGGCUACGCGACCAUCAAGGACGUCAUGGCGCCGGACGGCGGCGGGUUCGACGACAGGAUGGAGAGCUCCUGGCUGGCGAAGACGCUCAAGUUCUUGUAUCUCAUCUUUGUAGAGGAAGACAGUCGUCACUUCCUGAGCAAGGCGCCGUGGAUGGAAUAUGUCUUUACCGCCGGCGGGCACCCAAUUCGCACACGCAGGCACUAA